AUGCGCAAGGAUGAUACAUCCGCCAGCUUCCUGGGCAGCUCCAGCGGCAUUCACUUUGUCCGCACCGUUUACCAGGCCUUUUCCCGGCGGUCCGCGGACCUACGACAGGCCAGAGCCGGCCACGAAAGCCUCGUGCCCGGAGAAGACGAUCACCUCCGCCCCGACCAAGGACGGGCUCGCGCCCCCCUGUGGAGGCCGCAGGAGCUCGACUUCACCAGCCCAUCGCUGCCCUUUGAGGCGCUGAUCCGGCUGUCGGACAAUUACUUUCAGAACUGGCAUCCGGUCUACCCUUUUCUGCACGCUCCGUCCAUUCUCCGCAUGAUGGACCGGAUGAGUCAAGUCGGCAUCCAAUUCAUCCCCCGAUCGGAUGCGGCCAUCAUCCGGUCCAUCUUCUCCAUUUCCGCCAUCGAUGCCCGCCAGGUGCAAGCCACCUCGCCUGCGCUGGCAGCUAUGCCGGCAGGUUUGGUGUUUCAGACGGCGCAUGAAGCUAUGGACGGACUACGGGACUUGCUGGACGAGUCUUCCUCCAUUGCCUCGCUGCAGGCGGCCUUCGGCAUUCAGUUGUUCUUGACCUCCAUUCUGCAUCUAAAUGCAGCCUCCCGGAUCGGAGGCUUUGUCACCCGGACGGCCUUCCAUCUGGGCCUGCACCGCUGCCCGGCGCGGUAUUCAUGUUUCACUCGCGACGACGUGGCCAUCCGCCGCCGCCUUUUCUGGUCAAUCUACUGCCUCGAACGGUAUCUGACUCAGGCGUUGGGGGUGCCACUGAGCAUCCGGGAUGAUGAUAUCGACGUCUGCUAUCCAGGGACGGAAAGGCAUCAGACAGAGAGAGAGGACGUCAUGUCAUGCGCGGGCGAUAGCCGUCUCCAACUUCUCGACCAUUUGGCCAAGUUUGCGCGGUUGCGAGGACUCAUUUCCGAACUCCGAAACAAGUCCAUUAUGCACAGUCGCGAGAACAUGAGCGAUGCGACCGAGGUCAACAGUAAACUGCUACAGUGGUGGAAUGAGGUCUACGACGACGUCCACCCGCUGGAACCCGAGCCUGACUCACUACUGAAGCCGGUUCACAGGCUGCUGCUAGUCGUUUCACGACAUGAGGCCAUCAUUGCGUUGCACCGCCCCGUCCUGGCGGCCGAUAACCCCACGGCCGAGUACAAGGCAGCCUUUCAGACGUGUAUCAACUCUUCCAGAUCCUUGCUGACCGCACUCCAUGGGUGCCUCAAUCCUCGUGAUAGGCUAUGCGCCCCUCUGAUAUCACCCUCAUUUACCUGGAUCGUAUGGAUGUCGUCUUUGAUUUUGAUCUACGCUGCAUGGACCGGCCACUUUCCCAACCAGGGAGCUCUGCGUUACGCCAACAUUGGCAUUUCGGUGCUCCGCAACAUUGCCAUGCGAGAACGGGACUGGCCGCAGACGUGCAUCGAAGCCAUCCAGGAUCUGUGCUCUGCUCUGGAGAAGCAUGCUCAGGACGGCUGGUCGGACUCUGGCCGGCAAGGUCCAUCGGUGGAUUCGCCCGUACACGGACAUGAAGGCCCGGGACAAGCCGUGACGCCAACCCCAUCGACGGAUCGAUCUAUGCGCCCAAGAGAAUCACAGACUCUCGACCGACAAGGCUCCUUGCCCAUAUCGGAUGACGAUUUCGAAAUCUCUCCGCUCGACUUUCCCGUAGUUGGGGACCCUAAUCUGCUCAACCCGGCAAGUAUGGUGUUUGGGGACCAGGCGGGAAAUGGCUUUUCCUACGGCAUGGGCGAGGGUGUCACCCUUCCGAGCUCGAACGCCUUCUUUAAUGAAGGCUGGAGUGUUGCCGAUGGGCCAUGGCUCAUUCACGGAGACUUCUUUGUUGGGUGAAGAGUCCGUCAUGCAUAUGCAUGGGGAUGCAGCAUGGGCCCAUUCUGCACGGAUCAACCGACGGAGACCGAGUGAUCGGCAGUGGCAGUGGGGAUUGCCUCGGUUGCCCCUGAGCAGUGACAGCCCCCGCCGAUCGCACGUGCACCACUAACGCUUCCGCUGGUCUCCAGCCAGUUGUUUUGUGAGGAAUCACUUGCAUGAAUAAAUGAAGACAGGCCUCUCCGUGGUUGACAGUUCCAAGCAGAGCUGCGGGCGGGGGCACGUUGCAAGGACAUGAUAACCCUAUCCAGCAUCGCCUCCGAGACGUCACAAGAACCGAUAAUGCAAUGCCCCACCGUCCUCACACGUGCAGCAGAUGGGCGCAUUUCUUGGUCAUGCUGCAGUGCGCAUUCCAUGGGCGAUGGGUCGUCCGGAGGAUCCGGACAGGUUAAAUAAUUCUCAUCGCCCUCGUUGCUUCUCCUGGACGACCUGCGGUAUCGGUCUAGCUC